AUGUUGGUGGGCGGCGUGCAACAGUAUGUCAAGAUCGACGGUGGCGCGCGCUACUUCGUGGCGGGCACGAAAUGGAUGGCACGCGGUGAACGGAAGCAGGUGGACGCCCCUGUGAUGUACGUGGAGGGUAUCGGCGGUUUUUUGCUGGACGUGUUGGGCGUGUGGACGUUCAGCAUGACGAACGUGUACGAACGCGGGGAUGUGGUGGUGACUAUCGACGCAUGCAUCGUCGAGGGGUGCACCAGCGAGUUCCUUUUGAGCGUGGCCUUCCUCGAGGGCCACAGAGCGAAGAUGGACUUCGACCGUGGUGAGGUGCGCUACCAUGAGCGCAGCAGCAUGGUGAUCGUCCCGUUAAGGACGACGGAGGAGACGAACGACCCGGCGGUGGCAGCUGUGAGGCUGGCCAGUGCUACGUACUUGCACCGGCGUGCCGUGCAGACGGUAGAGGUAGCGAUUGCCGCGCCUGAUGGCGCGGAAGGAAUUUUCCUGCCAACAGUGAACAAUGGAGCGGUGCUGCUCGCG